CUGUUUUCCUCUUGGCAGCUCACCCGGAUGUUCCCGGGCUGGAGUAGCAGCGCCUGUUUAUGCUGCUCGCACUACAGGCUACCAAAAGCCUGCAACCGAUGAUAUACUAAAGCAUGCGGAGAUUUAUUGGUUUAUAACAGCCUAGGAAGCAUGGAGGAUGACCUGGCGUCUGAGGACGAUACGCUGCUGCUGUCAGAGAAGGCCCUCCAUGACGCGGCCAAGAGGAACGAGGUGGAGAAGAUGCAGGAGCUGAUGAGGAUGGGGGUCAACGUCCGGGCAAAGAACAAGGUUGAGAGGAAGGCGCUGCACUGGGCCGCUGGAGCCGGCAACGAAGAGGCCGUCCGUCUGCUGCUGCAGAGGGACAGACACCUGGACGAGGAGGACAGUUUUGGCAUGAACGCCCUCCUGCUGGCCUCCUGGUUCGGUCACCUGAAGAUCCUUCAGCUCUUGGUGGCCUCUGGAGCCCUGCUCACCUGGGAGAACAAGAAUGGUCUGAGCAUGCUGCACUGUGCGGCCCAGAGAGGUCACACUAAAGUCCUGGAGUUCAUCAUGGAGAACCUGGAGGAUCUCAGCCUGGACAGAGUUGACAAGGCUGGGAAGACAGCGUUCCUACUGGCUGCUGAACACGGACAGCAAGAAGUGGUGGAGUACCUCAUCGGAAUGGGUUGUACACACGGCUCGAAAGACAAGGGGGGGAACACGGCUCUGCAUCUCGCAGCCAGGAACGGAUGCUGUGAGGUGCUGAGGAAGAUACUGGAGACGGGCCUGGAUGUGGAUGAGAGGAACGCAGAGGGCCUCACAGCAUUGCACAUGGCGGUGGAUGAGGAUCACAGCAGUUGUGUUGAGCUCUUGCUGCUCUUCGGCUGCAACGUCAACGCUCAAACUAUGAAGGACAUGAACGCCUUGCAUUUCGCGGCUCAGCAUGGCUUGGUCAAUGUGACCAUCUUAAUGCUGGAAGCAAAGACUCACACAGAUGUUGUUGACAGUCAAAACAGGACGCCUCUUCACAUAGCAGUGUCCAACCAUCACGCCAAUGUCGUACGGCUACUGCUAGAUUCCGGAUGUGACCUGGACAUCCCUGACAAGAGACUUCAGACCCCGUUACACAUCGCUGCAGAAGAUGGCCGCCAGGACCUGGUGGAAAUGAUGCUCAUAGCCGGAGUCAAACUCAACCUGACGGACAAGCAGGGUAAAACGUGUCUGGAGGUUGCGGCGAGGGGCGGCCACGUCAUCCUCGUCGACAUGAUCAUCAAAGCUGACCGGUUCUACAAGUGGGAAAAAGAGAGCGCGUCCAGGGGCCAGCCCCCGUGGGUGGGCCGACCGCUGACCUUCAGGCAGGAUCACCAGCUGGAGACCCAGCACCUGCGGUCCGUCCUGUGGAGCCUGGCCACCAAGCACCUCUGCCGGGGCGAGUGGAAGCUCCUGGGCCAGCACUGGGGCUUCACCAGCGACCACGAGCGUGCGAUAGAGCAACAGUGGACAGGUUCCAAGAGCUUCAAGGAGCACGGUCAUCGGAUGCUGCUGAUCUGGCUGCAUGGGGCAGUGCAGGCCGGAGACAACCCAGUGAAAGGCCUGUACGAGGGGCUGGUGGAGAUCUCACGCACAGAUCUGGCAGAAAGCAUCCGCCAAAAGGCGAACGAUGACAUCAUCCAUCCCAGAAUAUGUUGCUUAAUGUGAAGCAUCACGGCACAAAGUAAGAUCAAGGAACACGGUAUCCUCCUCUGAAGAACUCCUCCCCACCUGCUGGUCUACUGUUGUUUAAUGUUCAACCAACGCAUGCAUUUUGCAGUGCUCUUGCAUUGCAUGUAUCGGGUGUGUUCAAUACCACAGAAGGAGUGCUGUGGUGAGAUAGAACAAUGGUUUCGAUGUGACUGAAGCCACUGCACUGCACCACUGCUGCACCCCAAAUUGAGACGUCCUUCCCAGAAAUGCAAUACAAGGUCUUGAGGAAAAUCCCUCGGAUGUAAAACUGCGGUUAGGUCAAGCCUUGCUGAUGAAGACUGCUGUACCGAUUUAAUGUUAUUAUGGCACCUCUUAGCACUAAGGGGAUAAAUGCUGUCAUAUUUUAACUGUUAUUAAUGUAACUUUCUUUCUACAAUGUCACGUAAAUCCAAUAAAUGAUGUAUUAAUAUA